AAAACUUAAAAAGUGAGGGGUGUGUGGUUAAACGGUGGAUGGAGAUUCUUCAUUUUCUGUGACUUUCACUCUUAGGUGUUGCAGCUUCUUGCACUAUCUCUUCAGGACACACCCUCCAGCCCCCCCUCUGUGAUGACAGAAGCGGGUGGUGGUGGACCCCCGCCGCCCAGCGCUCCUCCUGUCCCAACAGAAGUCAACCUCUGCGGGCCUCAUUAUGUGACUCCUUGAGCAGCAGGACGGACCCCCUCCUGAAGGAGAACCGUGAAGCCCCCGUCGCCAUGGCCUCCACUCCGUCGACUUCGGCCCUGUCUGCGGUGCUCCGCUGUCGGGGGAAGAUCUGGACCAGAAAUCCGUCGACCAAACGGCCUGCCUCGGCGGCGUACGGCCUCGGACUGGCCGGCGCCGCGCUGCGCGAGUCCUCGGCUGAGCGCGGCGGUUCGAGCUCCACGGCAGCGCGGACGCUGCUGUCUGUGGCGUGCAGAUGGGUCACGCGGGACACCUUUACACAAGAUUACAAGAAAAUGAAUAAGUUACUCUCGCCCGAACUUUCUUCAGGGAGCGCACGCGCUGCUGCCCCUCGCGGCCAACAUUCGCUCGUGCGUAAAGUGACGUUUCACCUGCUUGGAAGAGAACGGUGCCCAAAAAUAACCAACGUGCUCCCACUUGAGCUAGUGACCUACGUCCCGCGCGGGGUCCUGAAGGUCACAGUGACGUCACCGUGGAGUAUGGGUUCAACUACACCCGGCUGGAAGAAACUACGGAGCGCGUGCGCGUCUCUUACUGCCCUGCUGGUGUCCAGACUCUCGGGUUUGUGCGCGUGGAGCUGCUCUCAUCUGCAGGUGAAAGGACAAAGUCAGGCUCAAGCCCCCCAGGACAGACCGGACUGAGCCCCGCCCCAGACAUUUUAUUAUUAUUGACUCUUCGUUUUACAUACCUGUGCUGGUGCAGCCACGUGAUGCAUUUGGGCUUUUCCUCCCUUUAACGUUAAACUGAAUGACCCCCACGAUUCCAAACCAAGUAAAACCUGAAACCAUCA